AACAGUGGUUGAAAUGGAAUGCAUAUCAAAUUGUGGAUUAUGCAUAACAGAUACAGUGAUCUCUUGCAAGGGGUACAAAGCCAAGUUAUGCUUUAGUACCCUGUUAUUUAAAUUGCUUGGGGUACACAAGCUCCAUUCAUGGAGUUGGACCUUUAUCUAGGAUAAACUUAUCAUUUAUCAAGUUAAAGCUUGUAGAAAAUAAACUCAACCUCAAGUA